AUGGCACCCAACGUCCUCGUUGUUCUCACCUCCUAUGGCAAAUUCGCCGCCACAGGAAAUCCAACCGGCUGGUUUCUGCCCGAAUUCGCUCACCCCUGGGAGGUCCUCCACAAGAAGGUCUCCUUGACCGUCGCCUCGCCCAAGGGUGGCGAGGCACCAUUGGACCCAGCUUCCCUGAAGAUGUCCGAGUCGGAUCCCGUGUCACAGACUUUCUUUAAGGAGCAGAAGGAGCUGUGGACGAACACGCACAAGCUAUCGGAGAUACUCCCGCGUGUCGCCGAAUUUGAUGCUAUCUUCUAUGUUGGUGGUCACGGACCCAUGUUCGACUUGACCGAAGACCCAGACUCCGUGGCUCUAAUCGAAGCCCUCGCAGCCGCCAACAAGCCUGUCGCAGCGGUCUGCCACGGACCCUGCGUGCUGCUAAACGCCAAGGCACCAUCCGGCGUGCCUCUCAUCUCCGGCGUGACGGUGACCGGACUCACGAACGAGGAGGAAGAUGCCACGGGCCUUUCGUCGCUUAUGCCGUUUAUGCUGGAGACGGAGCUACGUCGUGCCACUGGCGGCAACUAUGUCAAAGCUGCGGAGACCUGGGGCGAGAGUGUUGUUGUUUCUAAGGCCGCUGGAACGGGGUCGAUCCUUAUUACUGGACAGAACCCUGCUUCGGCGGCGGGCGUUGGUAAGGAGAUUUUGAAGGCCUUGGGGUUGUAA